AUGUUUGGCGGCGGCAGCACGCACCAGUCACAAGAGUCUCCUGCCGGACGUCACACUCCAGUACGACCGUCGCCUUCUUCGAGCACCCAUGCGCCGCGCGUGGUAGCUUCGUCUGCUGAUGUUCCCAUGGCCGAUUCGGCAGCCCCGCAGUCGAGCUCAACAUCAGGACAGCGAUCGCAGCAGCAAAACAGCUCAGAGCCCAACACCACCACACCCGCUGCCGAACAAGCAGUACCGACACCACCCAGUCCACACUUUCGACCCCACUCACAACAGCCGACGCCUUCGGGCACAGACCCCGCCUCAACAAACACUCGAACCGUUCCCUCGUCAGGCUCAGCACAGUCCUUGCGAUCGCCGGAAGCAUCUCCAACCCGUAUCAAAGUCAAGAGUCUGUCACACAUCCAAAGUUUUGCAAUCGAUGAGUCCAGUCCCUUCUCUCAGUCGCGCUCGCUCGCACGGCGGCAGCGACGAGACCCUGCAGAGGUUGGGCCUCAGUAUGAGAUCAGCGAGAUGCCCGUUUCCGACAUAAUUGAAAUGGUAGCUGGAUUGUUGACCAAGAUUACGACGACCAACGAUCGCCAGCACGACCAUCUACACCGCCAAAUUCCACCAUCUGAGGGCACAUCAGGGUUGAGCCAACAGACCACCAGCGUUUUGGCCUUCCACGGAAAGAACGUCCCCAGCAUCUCAAUUCUCAGCUAUCUCAGCAGAAUCCACAAAUACUGUCCUACCACUUACGAGGUCUUUCUGAGUCUACUCGUCUACUUCGACAGAAUGACAGAGAGGUCUGUGGAACAUUCAAAGUCUACAAUGUCAGCGAAUCCGACCCCAUCAGACAGCACACGACCUGCAUCGGCUUCCGCUCAGGCGGCGACACCUCCUCCGUCAGGCUCCCUAGGCAAGCCAUCGCAAACGCCGCGUGAAGGUCUUCAGCCGCCUUCACCACCUCAGCAAGAUCUCGACAUGGAUGGAUUAAACCUUUCACACUUCUUUGUUGUCGAUAGUUUCAACAUACACCGUCUCGUCAUAGCCGGUGUUACAUGUGCCAGCAAGUUCUUCUCCGACGUCUUCUAUACAAACUCGAGAUACGCAAAGGUCGGCGGUCUACCGUUAGUCGAACUGAAUCACUUGGAGUUGCAAUUCCUGCUGUUGAACGACUUUCGCCUCGCUGUACCCCUGGAAGAGAUGGAGGCGUAUGGAACGAUGUUGGUCGAGUUCUACGCACGUGAAGUUGCUGAACAGCACGAACGAGAAAACGGCGUGAAACAGUAA